UUUAUUGACACCAGAAACAAAUAACCCAUAAAAAAAAAACACCACUGUACCUGUAUUGUAUCCAUUAUCCAUUAAUUAAAGCCAAAAUAGACUAUAUAAUAAUAGAGUAAAAUAAAAUAAAAACAAGUUGUUAUUGGAUCCAGAUCUUCUGCUUUUCUUCUAUAAACAAAACAUAGGGUUCCUCAAUCUACAAUCCCAAAAAACAGAUCAAACGAACACUUCUUUGCUCUCUCAGCAAUGCCUCCACCCCUAAGACAUCCCUUGUUUUCUCUCAAUAUCUUCUCUAUUUCAUUACUUGUCUCAAUAAAUUCUCUCUUUUUCUCUUCUUGUUCCUCCAUUGAUGUACAAAGCCAAGCUCUCUUGAAAUGGAAAACCAACUUGAACAGCUUAACAGAUGUACUUAGUUCAUGGAAUUCCUCGGACCAAAGUCCUUGCAAUUGGUUUGGGAUUCAAUGCAAUCCCAAUGGCGAUGUUGUGAAGAUAAGCUUGAAAUCAGUAGAUUUGCAAGGUGCACUGCCUGCGAAUCUUCAACCUCUCAAGUCACUAAAUACUCUUAUCAUAUCCUCAACCAAUAUCAGUGGACCAAUUCCAAAAGAAUUUGGAGAGUAUCGCGAAUUGGGUACACUUGAUAUCAGUGGCAAUUCAAUCUCAGGGCAAAUCCCAGUUGAAAUUUGCAGCCUAAGAAAAUUGCAAAGUUUGUCAUUCAACACAAACUUACUCGAAGGUGCGAUUCCUUCUGAGAUUGGAAACCUCUCGAGUCUUGUGAAUUUGAUGAUCUACGACAAUCAGCUCAGCGAUGAGAUUCCAAAGAGUAUCGGGAAGUUGAGCAAUUUGGAGAUUUUCCGAGCUGGUGGGAAUCAAAAUCUUAAGGGUGUGCUGCCAUUUGAGAUUGGAAAUUGCACCAGCUUGGUCAUGUUAGGCCUCGCUGAAACCAGCAUCUCGGGGAGUCUUCCUUCUUCACUUGGGACACUUCAGAGAAUUCAAACCAUAGCCAUCUACACGGCUAUGUUGUCGGGUCCAAUCCCAGAAGAGAUUGGGAAUUGUACCCAGUUGCAGAAUCUUUAUUUGUAUCAGAAUUCCAUCUCCGGUCCAAUCCCAAGGCGAAUUGGUGAGCUCAAGAACCUUCGGAGUCUUUAUCUAUGGCAGAACACGAUAGUUGGCACAAUCCCAUCCGAGCUUGGAAGCUGCAGCGAGCUCGUGGUCAUGGAUUUGUCAGAGAAUCUUCUUACUGGCAGCAUACCAACAAGUCUUGGAACUCUUUCGAGGAUUCAAGAGCUUCAUCUGAGCGUUAACCAGUUAUCGAAUGCCAUACCAUCCGAACUCACAAACUGCACGGCCCUGACUCAGCUUGAGCUCGACAACAAUAACUUCUCGGGGGGAAUUCCUGUUUCAAUGGGCAAAUUAAAGAGCUUGUCUUUGUUCUUCACCUGGCAGAACAAGCUAACCGGCCAAAUUCCAGAGUCCCUAUCCGAAUGCCAAAAUCUUCAAGCUCUUGACCUUUCGUACAACAACCUCACUGGUUCAAUACCAAAUCAAGUUUUCGCCUUGCAAAAUCUAACCAAGCUAUUGCUACUUUCCAAUGAUUUGUCGGGUUUUUUACCGCCUGACAUUGGAAAUUGCACAAACUUGUACAGGUUUCGCGUGAACGAAAAUCAACUGUCGGGUACUGUUCCAUUGGAGAUUGGAAAUCUGAAAGUUUUGAAUUUCCUUGACAUGAGCAGCAACCGCUUCGUGGGUCAAAUCCCUCCCUCGAUAUCAGGAUGUGGAAGCCUCGAGUUUCUUGAUCUCCAUUCAAAUGGGUUCACUGGUUCUAUUCCCUAUACACUGCCCAAAAGCUUACAGUUUGUUGACAUUUCAGACAACAGACUUACAGGUUCACUGUCUCCAAAUGUUGGUUCACUCACUGAACUAACUAAAUUCAAUCUUGGGAAUAAUCAAAUCUCCGGCAGGGUUCCUGCAGAGAUUCUGUCUUGUACCAAGCUUCAAUUGUUAGACCUCGGAAACAACGGUUUCUCUGGCGAGAUCCCAAAAGAAUUGGGUCAGAUUCCGGCACUCGAGAUCUCUCUCAAUCUCAGCCUCAACCAGUUCACCGGCGAGAUCCCAUCCCAAUUCUCCGAUCUAACCAAACUUGCAAAUCUUGACCUCUCCCACAACAACCUCACCGGAAACUUAAACACCCUCACAAGCCUUCAAAACCUUGUCUCUCUCAAUAUCUCAUUCAACGAUUUCUCCGGCGAAUUACCCAACACCCCAUUUUUCCAUAACCUCCCCAUGAGUAACCUCGCCGGAAACAGAGCCCUCUACAUCUCCGGCGGCGGAGUUGUAACUUCUGCAGACAGAAUAGGAGCUUCCGGACACGUCAAAUCGACAAUGAUGAUGGUGAUGACAAUCCUUGCAAGCGCCAGUGCAGUACUAGUCCUGCUCGCAAUCUACGUACUAGUCCGGGCCCGUGGAUACACCAUUGGACCCAUAAAGGGUGAAACUUGGGAGUUGACUUUUUAUCAAAAAAUGAAAGUCUGCAUCGAUGACAUAGUCCACAACCUCACAUCUGCUAACGUGAUUGGUACCGGAAGCUCUGGGGUUGUGUACAGGGUGACAAUCCCAAGUGGGGAAACACUGGCGGUGAAGAAGAUGUGGUCAGCAGAGGAGUCAGGGGCAUUCAGUUCGGAAAUUCGGACUCUGGGUUCUAUCCGGCACCGAAAUAUUGUGAGGCUGUUGGGUUGGGCUUCAAACCAGAGCUUGAAAUUGCUGUUCUAUGAUUACCAUCCAGAUGGAAGCUUGAGCUCAGCCCUACACGGCGGAGGGAAGGGAGGAGCCGAGUGGGAGACUAGAUAUGAGGUUGUGUUGGGUGUGGCACAUGCACUUGCUUACUUACACCAUGAUUGUGUGCCUCCUAUAUUACAUGGGGAUGUCAAAGCCAUGAAUGUGUUGUUGGGUCCUCAUUUUGAACCAUAUCUAGCUGAUUUUGGGUUGGCUAGACUUGUCAAUGGCAAUGAUGGCGAUGAUUGUUCAAAGCCGAAUCAGAGUCCUAAACCUCUCCUUGCUGGGUCUUAUGGGUAUAUGGCUCCAGAACAUGCUUCAAUGCAGAAAAUCACUGAGAAGAGUGAUGUAUACAGUUUUGGUAUGGUUCUUCUAGAGGUGUUGACAGGAAGGCACCCACUGGACCCGACAUUGCCUGGGGGUGCACACCUAGUUCAGUGGGUUCAUGACCACUUACAAUCUAAGGGUGACCCUGCUGACAUUCUUGAUCCAAAGCUCAGAGGCAGGGCUGACCCUCAGAUGCAUGAAAUCCUCCAAACACUGGCGGUUUCGUUCCUCUGCGUCGCCAAUCGAGCUCAUGACCGUCCAACGAUGAAGGACGUCGUUGCAAUGCUGACGGAGAUUCGACACGUUGAUGCGAUAAGGUCAGAAACAGAUUUGUUGAAGGGAAGUUUGCAGGCUCUCCCGCCGUCACCGCCUACUCGGAAUGUCUUUUUCCAAGGAUCUUCUAACUGUUCCUUUGCUUUCUCUGAUGAUUUAGUGUGAUCAAGGUUUCAGGGGAUGCUGGCAAUUUUGUGCAUAGGGGUACCCUUCAGAGCAGGAUUGUAAUUUUGUGUAUUGUCAUCUGGUAAGAAGAGUGUAAUGUCUGCUAAUCUUGCUGUAGAUUGAUUGAAUAGUUUUAGUACUAAGUUGAGCUCAAAUUGAAAGAUGUAAAAAAGAAGGUAUUGUUACAGCUCAAGAUCAUUGUAAAAGAGGAGGAAGGGAAGAAAAGUGUGUGUGAAGGGCACGGGAUUUUCUAUUCUUUUGUUCCAAAACAUUCAUAGCCAUUGGAUCCUGAGAUUCUUAUA